UACUACAGUUACUGACUGACUUAGCAGGAAGACAUUCAGAGCGGAACGUUGUCAUCGUCCUGCCGAAGAAUGGACGCUUACCUCGGCUGUGACCCGAGUGUCAGGACGCUGGCAGAGACUUGGGAAAAUCAGUGAAGAAUUAACCCUAUAUAGAGCGUCUAGACUAGUGAGUGGCAGCUUUCAGUCACGUGACCGGCUCGAAGCCCUGGAGGGCAAAACAUCGCAAAUAUCGCACCUCUCAAAAGAAUAAAACAAAGGUGUUAUUUUAAAGUCAAAAUGUGGCGAUUUGGGAGGCCAUCAGGAGCCGAAGUGUUAAGAUGGAGAUGCCAGGGUUCACCAAGAGACGUCUGCUGCAACCUUCACACCAGGGCUCUUAAGAAGACCUUUAACACAAGUCUCCGAUCAGAUGGAAUCUGUGGUGGUGUAAAUCACCAUCAUCUUUCAUUUCCAGCCAAGACGACAAGCUCUUAUAGAUAUACAUGGAGAGAAUUGAGAACAUCUAUGUGCUAUUCCAUUUCUGGAUUCAAUCCUAGGUUCUUUUGUACCUAUGAACCCAUCACAGAUCCCAUUGAGAUCCACAAACAGAAGCUGACAUUAUGGUUCAGUCACCUUCCUCAAGAGGAGAGGCAAUUUGGUGGCUACUUUUCUCCCGAAACUAUGCAUGUGCAGCCACUUAUCCUGGAGCAUCAUCCAGAUGAGGACAGAGGUCUUAGUCCCUUCAAAGAAAAGACAAGCAUAUCCACACGUCCCUCUCUCACAGUUGAGCAGCUCUUUGAUGGUAACAAUAAUGGAAACAAGGCACGAGGACUCAAUGUUUUGCUGUAUGGGGCUGUCGGCACAGGGAAAAGUACUGUCGUCCGUAAACUAGUGCUGGAUUGGUGUGCUGGAUCUGUUUUCUCCCAGUUCAAACUUGUGUUGCCUUUCUCUUGUGAGGACAUUUCCCCUUUGUCCAAACCAACAUCCCUUCGAGACCUCGUGGGCAGGAAAUACAUGCACCUUCGCAAGACACCUUAUCUUAGUGGAGAUUUUGACAAGGCUAAGGAUGUCCUCUUCAUCUUCAAUGGAAUGGAGAAGAUGAAGCUGGAUUUCCGCAUCGGCUCCACAGAGUUAUGCAGCGAUCCCAAUGAGGCUCUCUCAUCGGGGGCUGUUGUUGUUAAUCUGCUGAGGAAGUACCUGCUACCUGAGGCCAGCAUUUUGGUUACAACCAGACUAUCUGCCGUGGACAGAGUUCCUAAAAAAUACAUAAAUCGUUUUGUACAAAUCUGUGGCUUCAAUGAUCCUGAUCGCCAGAGAGCCUACUUCACCAGCAGGCUCUUGCAACAGAAUGAAGGCAAGCCGGGCAAGGCAGCGGAGACACUCAUAGAGAUGUUUUACCUAAAUCUACAGCGGGAGAGUCAGUUAGCAACCGCUUGCUUCUUACCAUCUUACUGCUGGCUCACAUGCGCCACUCUUCAUUUACUGCAUUUUACUGAUACAAAGUCACCAAUUCGAACCCUCACUGGCAUCUACACCAGCUUCAUGAGGCUCAACUUUGGAGGAGAAGUGAUAACUGUGGAUGGAAACGUCUCUUCACAAGAGCAACAGAACUCAUUAAUGCUCUAUGUGGUCCGUACUGUUGGUAAACUAGCUUUUGAUGGCGUUACCAACAAGCGGACGUCGUUCUCCGCUGAUGAACUGGAGCAGUGGGUUGGUGGCAAGACCAAGACGGAUGAAGAACUCCAACAACUGGCGGUGUUUCGCACAGAUGUGCUUGACUUCUUUCUGGUUCCUCGAGAUUAUCAUGGUACGGAUCCAGAAUCUGGUGGUACACGCUAUGUGUUUGCUGUUCCCGCCAUGCAGGAAUAUCUAGCUGCUCUCUACGUCGUUCUUGGCGAGAACAAAAGCGUUCUGGAGAAGUUGACCAAAGAGGUUUCUGAGGCUUUGGGACAGGCCAGUGAGGACAUCACAAGCCUCCUGGGCAUCCUCUCCAAAAUAAUACCUUUCCGAAUCUUCGCCAUUUUCAACUUGCUUAAGUUGUUCCCAAAACUCUUCGAGCGAGUUAACAGCCUCAGCAAAGGGCGUAUCGCAAACACUAUGGCGGCGGAAAUGUUUCGUUCGGAGGACAGCUUCAAUGAAGAUGUUUUGGACCAGGUGGAGCAAAGUCUCCUGGGAGUGCAUGGUCCACAGCCACAGGAGGAAAUCUACACAAGAGCGUUUGAGCUCUACCCUAUCUUCAUGGGAGGACUUCUUCAUUACGGGAACCGGAGGCUGUUAGACCAGCUCGGAUGCAGCAUCAAGAGUCAGACGGUUUCUCAGAUCACCCAUGCGCUGAGGAAACACCUGAUCAAGGAGAGCCAGAAGAAGCAGCCUCCAGAGGAGCUCAUGGACCUUCUGGUCCUACUUUAUGAGUUCCAGAACCCUCGACUCACAGCUGAAGUCCUCCAGUCCAUCAAGACCAUCAACUUGUCGACUGUGCGCAUGACGCCACACAAGUGCUUCGUGCUGAGCAUAGUUCUGAGCUGCACAAGCUCAAGCUUCCACCUGAAUGAGCUCAACCUCUCCUCCUGCCACAUCACUCCAGAGUUACUUCAGAUGCUCUGGCCAGCCUUCCGGCACACUAGCAACCUCAAUCUCCAGUUUAACAGCCUGGGUCCUGAGUCCUGUAUUCUACUGCGAGAUCUCCUGCUUGAGCCCAACUGUACUAUUAAAUCAAUAAAGUUGUGUGACAACUACUUGACGGACACCGGCAUCAGCCAUCUACUGGAAGCUCUGUCUGGUAACCACUCUCUGCAGCGGCUGAAUCUGAUGCACACAGGCAUCGGGGACCAAUCGGCACAGCUGCUGGCCGAGAGCCUUGGCCAGCAUAAAAUGUUACAAGAGCUAAAUGUGGCCUACAACAACAUUGGAGACAGUGCAGCUCUCACUCUGGUCGAUGCCUGUCGCGAACAUCCCAGCAUCCACACAGUACACCUGUACCUGAACCAGCUUACUGAUGUGGGCAAGCAGUCGCUGUACGUGCGUGGUGGUCCUCGGGUCAAGGAGGGCCGGCGGGUCAAGGUCUUGGCAUCUGUAACGGAGGGUUCAGACAUCUCAGAGGACUGGCAUCCCAUUCUGAGCGUUAUUGGAAAAAAUUCUCUUUCCUGGGACAGAGGCCGUGUACGCGAGCAACUGCUGGUCUUCCUGAAAGACCUGGAAUGGGGUCGCAAACAGCACCAGAGUUUCUGGAAAAAGAUGCACUUCCGACGAGUGGAGAGCGUUGUGAGGCAAAUGCUGCGCUUACUGGAAAAGAGCAGUGAUACGGGAACAGGGACCGGUAUAAAAUAAAAUAACUGUCAUAUCCAAGCUAAAGGGAUUUGGGAAAAUUUGUAGCCAUAUUUCAAUCCAGUCAGCCUUAAUAUUUCCCAGUUAGAUUUUAAAUGAAAAUGCCACAGUUUUUCUACAUUUCAGUAUGUUUUCGCUCAACUUAGACGAGUUGACGUACCUCUCCCGUCCCAGGGCGCCACUAUGUUAGCGUUUAGCUUAAUACCAUUCAUUCCUUAGGAUCCGAACAUGGAUGAAUUUCGAAGCCACCAAACACUUCCAUGUUUUCCCUAUUUAAAGACUGUUACACAAGUAGUUACAAGUAUGGUGGCACAAAAUAAAACAUGGCGAUUUUCUAAGUGGAUAAAAAAUUAUAACUAUAAUGUAUGGUCGGAAAAGCACUUCGCAGCACUUCAACCUCGGCGCAGCAAUAUCAUCACUCCUGAGAACUCCCCCUCCAUAUCAACUCGUCUAAGUUGAAGGAAGAACAACCCUCUACAUUGCAAGUAAUCACUCACAUAUGCGACUAAAUCUUCAUUCUGGCGACUAAAUUAUGUCUAGUAUUAACCAAUGGCUAAUAAAUUCUCAUAUUUUACUCGCCAGUGUUUAAGUUGGAGGCUAAGUUUAGGACAUAUAUUUUUUACACCCGCCGAACACUCUCUGACUGAGCACUUCAGAGUUUCACUUUGUAUUUGGCGUAAGUUACUUUAUAAUCUAGUGUGAAGUCACACGACUUGCGUCACUUUCUCUCACAUGCGCGAAGUGGGCGGAACUAAUACACAAACGGCAAUCUCAUUGGCUGGUGCCCACUUAUUAUCAUCCCUGUUUUAAUUUCAGCAAAUUAGUUCCCGCGAACGGACACAACCUGAUUAAUAUUCAUGAAUCCAGCAGCUCGUUUAUAUUUAGUGUAUUUUUUUACUGUUCUUAUUAGUAGAAUUCAUAUUAUUAAUAUUAUCAUCAUUUGAGUAUUAUUGUUAGUUCUUUCCCUUUUUGUUUCAGAAACACUGAAUGACAGAGGGCACCACCACCAGUCCUAAAUUCAGUUAAAAUGUGUAUGCAUUCAUACUUGGUUACCAAGUUAAUCAUAAUGACUAAAGUUCUAUCAUAUAUAUAUAUAUACACACAUACAGUAUAUCAGUCUGGCAAAUAAACUAAAACGAUUUACUAGCCAAUGGUGAUUCAAUUGCCAAGGUGUUCGUAGAGGGUUGAAGAACAGUGAAAAAUGGAAAAAGGUGGCGUUUUCCUUUAAAGGGAUUUCCAUCUACUCACAUAUCCAUAUGCUGAUUAGGUCAUUUUGAGAAAACACUGUGAGAAAUUUGUUUUAUUUGAUUGUUUGAGGGAAAAGUCAGUAUUCACCACGCCAUAAUACUUCAGAUAAGUACUUGAAAACUUCUCCUUGUUGCAUGAUGACAAUUUUUGCCAUGAAAAGCCAUUUACUAUGUAUAUGUAUUCAGGGAGAAUUCUGGGUAUUUUGUUAUCAUAAAUUAAUUGUAGGAGUGUCAUGCUGCUGUGUGUAUGGGUCAACUCUUUAAACAAUGUUUGGGUGUGAAAUGGUGCUCUAGACAAGGUUUACAAAGUAAGGUAUCCAAGACAAGGCUUUAGAUUCUUUUGUAAUCUUUCCAUAUCUUUUGCCUUAAUUAAUAUUUGAUUGAAAAAAUGUUUGAACUAACAAAUUGUGACUGAAAUUUGCUAUGCAAUAACAACACAAUAAAACUAAAAGCACUUAUG